CCAACAACUCAUUAAAGAAAGAAGCAGCCCAUUGCUCUUCAUCAUCAUCGUCGUCAUCAUAAUUCCUUCAGUGGCUUCACCUGAGUGUGCGCUAAUCGUACCAAAACCUGAAACUGGAGAUCAGUGGCAUGAUGAUAACAUCUGCGGCUUCCCUGCCAUCAUUCCUCAUCCACCCCGAAAACAAAAGAGAAGAAGAAGGAGAAGAAGAAGAAGAAGAAGAAGGAUAAGAAGAAAGCUGCAAAGCAACCCCUCCCCCUCCCCCCACCCCACUCCACCACUGCAUACGGACGCUCCGCCGCUCCACUUUGGCCGAAGCUUCCUGCGGCACAUGCAUCACACCCAGAUCAGAUCAUCAUCACCCAUUUCCAAGAACAACUUCCUCUUCCCCACCCUCCCUUUCUUUCCGUCUUCUUUUGCUCACACUACCUUUAGCGCACGCGACGAGAAGGCCGAUCGACCUCCCUGCCCUGCCCUCUCUCCAUAAUCUAUGUUUUCGCUCAUCAGGCUCAGUCGUCUUUUGGAAGAGAAAUGAAGGGUGGAUGAUGUUGGCGUAUAGAAGCUUCUCUGAGAGCGUUCUGCCAUGUGCUCAGUAGACCUCCGGCUCAAGUCAAAGAAACGCUCCAAUUUUUUGGUCCUCCGUGGAAACUGCGACGCGACCGCUACUAUUACCGCUGUUGCUUGCGGCACAAACGCAGGCGACUCCCCCUUCGCGUGACCUUCUCCGAGCCAAACCCCCUUAAAAGCCUUGGAGAAACACCUCACACAAGUCACACAGGCAGGCUGCAUGGAGCUCCUCAGACUGUUCACACAUGGUAAGCCCGGCGGCGGAGGCGCCGUCACUACGAUCACCACCAACGUCAGCGAUCAAGACUUCAACGACGUCGUCCCCGGCGGCAGUGAUGACGAUGGGCCCUUCUUCGACAUUGAGUUCGCCGUGCCACUGCGGGGGGACGAAGUCCUCAGACGGGAGAAACGGCGGUUUUCCUCCAACGCGGGCAAGGCGGCGGAGGAGGGGUUCGGCCUCACAGCGCCCCCGGACGGCGGCAGCCUCCGGCGCGACCCUGUCCCCUCAAUCUUAACUUCCGACGGCCUUUUCUUUGAGCUCGUCCCGCUCGGGCCUUCUUCGUUGAGGGACUUCGAUGCCUCCGAGCUGCCCAAGUCGUCGAAGCCUCAAGCCCCUGCCUUCCUUCUCAAAUCUGCUGCCAGGUUCCGCGUCUUUAAGCUGGGCUUUCACAGGAGGUCGAAGUCGACGUCGUCGGAGCUCAACCCUGGCGCCUCACCCGCUACGUCGUCAGCGUCCCCAAAGCAGCAGCACCAAAACAAAUUCUUUGUCAAGUUCAAGGUGGAGGAGGUGUCGCUGGCGUCGCUCUUCACCAGGAACAACAGCUGGAGGAGCUCCAGCAGCAGCAGAUCUGUGCGGCAUUACGCCGACGACGAAUUGCCGGCGUCGGACGAGAGGAAGCUCCCCAGAGACGUGCUCCGCAGGUGUCUUAGCAAAAUUAAGCCGCUUUACAUCAGGAUCUCGAGGCGGUACGGCGAGAAGCUCCGGUUCUCCGGGCCGCGGAGCUCCGGCGGGGCCGGGAAGGUUCGGCCGGCCUGGGAGGGCGGAGAGGCGGGUGGGGGAGGUGACCAGCUGAAAGAGCCGGCUUCAGCCGCGACAAGCUUCAAGGGAUCCCUAAAGUCGCAAGACGUGAACCUCCCGGCGGGGAGGAAGGUGGCGUACCGGAGCCUAAGAAAGAGCCGGUCGGCAUCGGCGGCCGUCGCAUCGGUCCGAUCGCCAACACUGGCGCCCGAGAGGCGGGACGACUCGCUCCUGGAACAGCAAGACGGGAUUCAGAGCGCCAUCGCCCACUGCAAGCGAUCCUUCAACGGAGAUUCGGAGUCGCCGCUGACGCGAUCAAGGAGCGAUCCCGGAGAGGGGAGAUCGGCGGAAGCAAUCGUCAGCAAAGUUUGAUCAUUUCUGUUUGGAUUCUUAUCAGAACUGAUGUCGAAAUCAAAAUGCAUAGAAAAGGAUCGAACAGUGAUGUUCGAUUGGCAGAGCUCUUUCGGAUCUGUCUGUGUUGGGAGAGGGAGCUGAAAGAACUCUUUUAGCUUUUGUGAGUUUGUCGUGUCUCUGUUGCUUCAUUUGUAGAUACUGUUCGACGAAAUGCGUCAUGUAAUAUUACUUGUAAUUGAAUCCACUGGAAGAUUUCUUAAAGAAACAUCAAGGAGGAGGAGGAGGAGGGGCGUGCUGCGGAGUCACGUCGCAGAAUGAUGGCGAGGAGGAAGAAGACAGAGAAGGUUGAGAAGAGAAAGAGUUGGAUGAUUGCAGGGUGUUGGAAAUGGUGCCUUCUUUUUGUUAUUUUAUGUAAUGCUGCAGCUUUCUUUUUCUUA